CUGACUGAAACUGUGCACUUUGGAAGUGUCCAGAUCAGACAGCCGAGAAACCAUGGCAAAGUUCUGGAGUGCCAAAUUUUUCAUGGCACUAGCUUUGCUAGGCUCUUUAGCUGGGACAGAGGUAGAGGCUCAGAACGUUCCACCAUUCCAGCCUCCUCCGUGGCAGAAACCCCAGGACCCUCAAGUUCUACCAUACCGUCCUCCUCCGUGGAAGAAACCCCAGGACCCUCAAUUUCCACCAAUCCUGCUUCCUCCACUUCCAAAGCCCCAGAACCCUCAGCCUCCACCGAACCAGAACCCUCCACCAUACCGACCUCCUCCACCACAAAAUCCCCAGAACCCUCCACCAUGGCAGAUUCCCAAGAAAGAACCUCCGCCUCCACCGUACAUCCCUCCUCCACCACAAAAUCCCCAGAACCCUCCACCAUACCGACCUCCUCCACCACAAAUUCCUCAACAGCCUCGACCUCCUCCACAGCAAAAUCCCCAGAACCCUCCACCAUGGCAGAUUCCCAAGAAAGAACCUCCGCCUCCACCGUACAUCCCUCCUCCACCACAAAAUCCCCAGAACCCUCCACCAUACCGACCUCCUCCACCACAAAUUCCUCAACAGCCUCGACCUCCUCCACCACAAAAUCCCCAACCUCGACCUCCUCCCCGGCCAUUGCCUCCAGGGCAGCAAGUCCCACCUUUUCCUCAAGUAUCCAAUGAUUACUUUCCCCAAAAACCAAAAGUCCCACAAAUUCCAAAAGUGCCUCCGACGCUGCCACCGGCUCAGAGCUGUGAUGUGGAAAAAAGUGUGAGAGUCCCAUGCGGAACUACUGGUAUUUCAGGUGCUCACUGUGAAUCCAUAAAAUGCUGCUUUGAUGGCAAUCAGUGCUACUUUGGAAAGGCAGUGACUGUCCAGUGCACUCGGGAUGCUCAAUUCAUUGUUGUUGUUGCCAAAGACAUUACUCUACCCCACCUUGACCUCCAGACAACCUCACUGGCAGCAGGUGGUCCUGGCUGUUCAUAUGUUGACUCCAAUUCAGCCUUUGCCAUAUAUCAGUUUCCUGUUACUGCCUGUGGCACCACCUUUAUGGAGGAGCCUGGUGUAAUAAUCUAUGAGAACAGAAUGACUUCCUCAUAUCAGGUGGGAGUUGGGCCUCGUGGAUCUAUUACCCGAGACAGUCACUUUGACUUCCUUUUCCAGUGUAGGUACAUUGGCACCGAUGUUGAAACUGUGAUUGUAGAAAUCCUACCGUUACAAAAUCUUCCUCUGCCAGUUUCUGCUAUGGGACCCAUUAAUGUAGUCAUGAGGUUGGCCAAUGGACGAUGCCUUACAAAGGGUUGUAAUGAAUUGGAUGUGGCCUAUACUUCGUUCUAUACGGAAGCAGACUACCCUGUGACCAAAGUCCUGAGGGACCCUGUGUACGUGGAGGUUCAGCUCCUCAAAAAGACAGAUCCGAUGCUUGUUUUGACUCUUGGUCGCUGUUGGGUAACCACAAGCCCUUUCCCCCACACCUUCCCCCAGUGGGACAUUCUGAUAGACGGAUGUCCAUACCGGGAUGAUAAUUACUUGUCCUCACUGGUACCGGUGAGUGCUAACUCUGGCCUGGACUUCCCCAGUCAUUACCGGCGUUUCGUUUUCAAAAUGUUCACCUUCGUGGGUUCCUCAGUAAAGGACCAGAAGGGAAUGGAUCCACUGCAUGAAAAGCUGUACAUUCACUGUAGCACAGCUGUGUGUGUUAGCGGACAGUUUGUCAGCUGUGAGCCAGCAUGCCACAGGACAAGGAGAGAUGUCGAAGCUGAAGACCAGACGACGAAUGAACCAAAGACUGUGGUUUCCUCCGGGCCACUGAUCAUGACUGCUCCUGAGCAGUUAACAGCUUGACCUCAAGAACUUUGCUGAGAACAACAAGUUAAAAAAAAAUCUGCAACAUGAAAACGGUUAUUAGUAGUAUGAAGUGGAAAUUAGAUUAUAAUGUUGGAGAAAAGAAUUCAAGUGUGCUGUAGGAAGAAAUAUGUCUAAUCAUGUCAUUGAGAUUUAUAUUAAAGAAGUAUUGGCUCCAA